AUGGGCGGCGUUAUAGGCAAAACAUCAACCGACAUCGGAGGUUUUAUCGGAAAUAUAUUCACUGCACCGUUCAAAGCCACACUUGGAAGAUCUUGCGUAAAUGUAUGUUCGGGACCAUGGGAUCUUACAUGUUUCAUCGAACAUUUUUGUCUUCCUGAUAUUGCUAAGCUUUUGAUGAUCUCAGUCCUCUGUUUUAUAAUUCUGAUGUUCAUCACUCUGUUGUUCAAGCUUGGAAUCUGCCAAUGUGUUGUUAAAAGCAUUUGCAAAAUGUCUUGUGCCGCUUGUGCAAUGUACUGGUUCGCCAUUGGAGAGAUGGUUCGUUGCUUGUGGCACAAAUUGACAAAUACAAAACGUGUCUACCGCAGAAAUCGUCUCCGUGAUAUAGAAGCCGCGACUAACGAUUACCCGAGUGACGAUGACGAAGCAACGGAGAAGAAGAAGAAGAGGAAGACUAGGAGGCAAACACAGCUACCACCAUCGUGGCAGCAAUCGCGGCCUUGUAAGGCUACGGAGUAG